GCUGUAAUCGCUGCCAAAGGUGCUUCAACAAAGUACUGAAUACUUAUGUGAAUGUGAUGUUUUCUGUUUUUUAUAUGUUCGAUUCAAAGUGAGCUACUGUAUUCAUACCCACCUUGAUAUUAGGCUAUGUAUGAUGAUUUCAUGUUUUCAUGCCUGGCUGGGCAGGCCAUGUUUGCUGAUUCAAGUGAGCUAAUCAUAAAUGAAUUAUGUAUAAUGAUGUCAUGUUUUUAUGCCUGAGUGACUAUACUGUAGCGUUUGCUUAUUCAAAGUAAGCUAUUCAUUUCAUUCCUGCCAUACAGUUCAAGAUAUAGGCCUAAAGUGUUUGUAUUGUAUUGUGUGUGGCUGUUUUCAUAUGGCAAAAAGUGUGGUCUUUUGGGCUUAAUGAAAACACCUUCACGGCUUUCUAUUCUUCCUUGCUUAUUUAUGCCAUAAGCUGUUUGCGCAUAUUCCAAUCCAGUGCUGAGCUGGUGUCUGGCCGAUGCGCUGACAAUGGUCCUGAAUCCACCAGUUGUUCCUGUGCUGUAGAUCUCUCACGCUCUCUCUGCCUCUCUGAAUAUGUAGGUGAUAGACAUGUUGUAUAUUUCAUUAUGUCGGACUAGGACAGUGGGCCUGUUUUGUCAGCGGUGUUGUUGUAAGCGUUGUGUUGUUGCACAGUUGUGCACUUGCACUGACUACUUGGCAAUAAUAACGGGCUCGUUUGUAAAGGGACAUUUGUGGUGUUUCUUGGUCACAUUUAUCCUGUGUUAUGUGUUAAAUUAUGCAAUGUGAAUGCACACAUUUUCACUUAAAUAUGUCGGGGGAAUUUGUGCUGUAUUUUUGCUGGAAAAUGUUGGCCCAGCCACUUUUACUUAUGCCCAGCCACACAUACAUUUCUGCCUACGCUGCUGGCAGUGACAUUGAGAAUUAGUUGACAAUAUCAAUCCAUCUCCUCUAAAAUAUUGAAAUAUGAAAUAUAAGAAUAGCGUAUCUGAAUGUCAAGUCAAUUAGGUAAUACACAGCAUGUUUAGUUUUCAUACCUGCAGUAGGCAACUGAAUGAGUGUGUGUGAGAGAGAGAGAGAGAGAUACAGUUCUCUAUGGCGAACAGAAAAAACUGAAACUACCCAAAAUAAUGAAUGGUCUGUAUAGGAAUUUACCACAUGAUGACUGCUAUCUUUCGUUCCGAUUGGUCGUCUGACAUAGACACACCGCGUCACACGUUAUGUCUUAUGCAACCUGAGUGCCACAUGAUUUUAUAGCAGACCUUGGACAAAGCCGGUCUACGCAGGGAGUCAACGCUUCUCUUCAAACUUUGAGAAUUUGCAUUACCACAAACCUCGAGCAUGGCCAACAAAACCACCCAUCUUCUUUUCCGGGCACUGGUUGAGAUGUCUGAAGUACACUCUUCAAAAGUUGUACGAGGAAAUCCCAACAGAGCAAAUAUAAGACACCUGGGCACCUGUGGGGCCUUGUCAGCACGGCGUGCCACCCUGCUCCUGUCCUCCCCCCUCCUUCGGUCUACACCCUCCCGCAACUUCAUUAACCUGGCUGCCGCCAUCAUUGCCCGCAGGAUGGAGUACUCUGAGAGCCGCACACUAGGGUACACUCCAGAGCAGAUGUACAGGGUUGUGGCCAGUGUGGACCAGUACCAGCACUUUGUCCCUUGGUGUAAGAAGUCCCGGGUCGUGAAGGGAAGGAACGGGGAUGUCCGGGCCCAGCUGGAGAUUGGGUUCCCCCCCAUCGUGGAGCGUUACACCUCGGAGGUCACGGUUGUCCCAAACCGCCAAGUCAAGGCCGUGUGUACAGACGGAUCCCUCUUCAGCCACCUGGAGACGCUAUGGAGGUUUUCCCCUGCUGAGGACCAACCAGACUCCUGCAACAUCGAGUUCCAUGUAUCCUUCGAGUUCAGGUCCCUGCUGCACUCCCAGCUGACCACCUUGUUCUUUGACGAGGUGGUGAAGCAGAUGGUGAACGCCUUUGAGUCACGGGCAGCCAAACUAUACGGGGGCCACCGCGCCCCCCUCCAGGAGGCGCUAGCAAGGAGGCGAGCAGCAUGAGGAGACCUCUACCUGGCCCCCCACUCAUGGACUGAAAUAAGACCCGCUCCCUACCACCAUCACCACCUGAAACCCCUCACCACUCAAUUUCAACAUGGUAGUGCCUUAUGCAGGAGACUGGGUCUUCUCUUUUGGAUUUUGUUCUUAUGUACACAAAAGCACAUUUAUUUGCACUACAGAAACUUUAAUUUAUUUACUUGAAUGUAUAUACUAUUUUUAUUUGGGAUGGAAGUGGAUGUUUGUUGUCAAAUGUUCAUGUUUGAAAGGGACCUUCUUAUUUAAGUUACAGAAGAUGAACUGACUCCUUUGCGGUGUUCCAAAACAUCUGAGAGGUCAGCUUUUUCCUCACCGACACGAAUAUGAUGUUUUUGGUGUGUGAAUGGAAAAUUAAAAAGCUCAUAUUUUGCUAAACUC